UGUACUGAAUGAACAGGAAGCGCCAAAGCAGCUGCGUCCUCUCGAAAGAUCUGUUGUUGCAGUGCUGUUUCACAAGUUUUCUGCGGGUCCUCUGUUGCUUUACUUUGUUUUUCAUCAACCAGCAUCUAAAUUAAACAGCUUUAAGUCAAAUUUGUUCCCGCUGAGCUGCUCAGCCAUGUCUUCUCCGGUGGAAAUGACGGAGUUGUAUGAUAACGCGCUGUUAGGUAUCCUGCAGCAUGUUGGAAACAUUCAGAAUUUUCUGCAGGUUUAUUUUGGGUUCCUCUACAGAAAGACGGACUUCUACCGCCUCCUCAACGGCCCACAGGACCGCAUGGGCUUCCCACCCGGAGUAGCUGAAAACAUGGUGUUCAAGACGUUUAAGUUAUUUGAGAAGCUUGCUGAGCAGGACAGAGAGAGGGCAGCGAGGCUGGCCGAGGAGACGAAAGCUGCUCCUCCUGCAAUACAGGAGCUGGAGGUUCAGUCAGAGCAGGAGGCUGAAGCUCCUGUGGAGGAGAAGAGAAGCACAGAGGAGUCCACACCUGUCACAGCAGCUCCAUCAGCACUGAGCGCAGACAGUCCAGACAGCAGCGCCGCUGAGCCAGCAGGAGCCACGGCGGCAUCACACUCGGAUUCUGACAACACUAAGGCUGGACAGGAAAGCUUUCAGUCCAAUGCAGACAGUUACAACGGUGCCGUUAGAGACAAUUACACCUGGUCACAGGAUUACACGGAUGUGGAAGUUCGAGUGCAUGUGCCGCCUGCCGUCGUUAAAGGCCGACAGGUGUCUGUGGACCUGCAGCCGGGACGGGUACGUGUGGCCGUGAACGAGGGAGGAUCUCAGAGAGUCCUGAUGGAGGGCGAAUUCACACAUAAAAUUAACACAGAGAAUUCCCUGUGGAGUCUGGAGCCCGGCCGCUGCGUUCUGCUGUCCCUCAGUAAAACCGGGGAAGUUUGGUGGAGCGCCGUGUUGAAGGGCGAGACUGAGAUCGAUGUGAACCAGAUCAACCGGGAACGCACUAUGGCAACCGUAGAUGAAGAGGAGCAUGCCGUACUGGACCGCCUGACAUUCGAUUACCACCAAAAGCUCCAGGGGAAGCCACAGAGCCAUGAGAUGAAAGUCCAUGAGAUGCUGAAGAAGGGCUGGGAUGCUGAAGGAUCACCGUUUAAAGGACAGGAGUUUGACCCCUCCAUGUUCAACAUCCCACCCAAUGCUGUCCAGUUUUGAGGUUACAUGACAAUGUCAGAUGUAAAGUCAGCACUUACUGUAACACGCUGAAGGACAGUGAAGUGGCGCUUUCUUGCGGUGCUACAAAAUGAACAUCAUCAGUGUCUGCACUGCACAUCUCAUGCCAGUAUAACUGAUUCACUGACACUGAUCACUGUCUCGUAUUUUGUUAAUGUUUGGCAUACAAAUUGGGCCAUUGAUCAUUUAUAAGUUUUAGUGUUUUAUGAAAUCAGUUGACAGAGGUUUUCAUUGGCUGUGUGUCUGUGAUCAUUACAUUUGCCCAGAUACUGACUAUUCAGGGCUUAUUAUUUGUUAGUUUUCAUGCUAUUUCAGUGGCAUGCAAUAACAACAGUGAAAGAAAGAUUGAUUGACAUAUAUAUUAAAGGUUUGUGCUGUAUCUUUAAGCAGAUUUCUCAAGUUCACAAGGGGGAAGAAAUUCUGUCAUUUUCGGAUUGUGUCGGCUGAUAGAUGUUCAUUUAUUCCCAUUAUUUGCAUCAGAUUUUUUUUUUUUGUUGUUCAUUUGUGCCUAAUUAAAACCUUUUGCAAACAUUCAA